CGACAGCAUCGCCCAACUCAAAUCAAAUACUAAAGAAAACCUUUGUAUCAGUACUCUCAAUUCCCCUUUCCUUAGUCUAAAUUUUGUAUACAUUGAAACGCACCAUGGCCGCAGUAUCAAGUGUUAUGUUACUUAACCCAGCUACUGCAAUUACAAAAAGAAGUGGUCUAAAUCAUUUUGCCGUUCCCAGCUACUUGCCCAGUCUCAAAAGGAAUGCCAUUUUUCGAGUCAGCAGCAUGGCCGAGGACAAAGAGAGAGACUCGUCGGAGCCGACACCCUCAAAGCCGUUAGAGUCAGCAGCUCCACCGAAGUCAAUCCCGUCGAAGCCCAAGGUUAGUACCAACUUUGGUGACAUACUAGCGUUCAGCGGGCCGGGACCGGAGAGGAUCAACGGCCGGCUAGCGAUGAUCGGGUUCGUAACGGCCAUUGGUGUCGAGCUAUUCAACGGUCAGGAUGUGUUUGCACAGAUACAAAAUGGUGGAGUUCAAUGGUUCAUAGUCACUUCUGCUUUGCUAACUGCAGCUUCUUUGAUUCCUCUGUUCAAAGGGGUUAGAGCAGAAUCUGAAUCGAAUGGGGUGUUUUCAUCUGAUGCUGAGUUGUGGAAUGGAAGAUUUGCUAUGGUGGGUUUGGUUGCUUUGGCAUUUACUGAGUAUGUCAUAGGUGGUGCUCUUGUGUAAAGUAUUGCAAUUUUUGUAAAAUUAAUUUAUGUUGGAAUAAAAUUAUAAUUUCUUGUAGCUCAGCAACUUAUUUGAUCAAUUAUUGAAUAUGGUACUGUUACGAAGGUCA